AUGGCCGCCGCGACCACCACCUCUGCCCCGGAACUGGGCGCGGUUACUACCACGCUGCACCCUAACACAAAUCACACCUCAGUUGCGCCAAUGGGCUCGAUACCCUCCGCCGCUCCUUACGAGACCUCGCCUUCUCAGCCCGUUCACCAGUCUCUUGGCUCAGCUGUUCCGUUGUCUGGACUGGGCUCUUUACCGGCGGGUGGACUGUCGGCAACUUCUUCGGCGACACAGUCGGCUUCACGCAGUGUAAAAAGGCCGCGGCCCGUUAAGUCGUGUACCGAGUGUCGCAAGCGCAAGCUCCGAUGUGAUCGAAACCUACCUUGUUCUCAGUGCCAAAAGUCGCACCGUAACUGCAAGUAUGCCGCAGAACACGACUCUUCCAUGCUUUCCGACGGUUCGGACGGGGAGCUCGGCGAUGUCCAACGCCCGCCAAAGCGGAACUGUGUUCCCGCAAACACCACCUCCGGAUCGCACCCCACCGAGCCAGCCUCGUUUGUUCCUUUACGUAACGGAGAUUCGGCCGGUCAUUCUGCUCUCGAGGAGCUUACAUCGCGACUGGACCGCUUGGAGAGACAGUUUAUGAUCAAGAGCCCGGCAGGCACCGAAUUCAGCGGAGCUGGCCAGCGUUUACCACUGUCGCCAGGGACAAUACGAGGGCUGACUGUCAAGAGGGGCGCUUUGAGAACGCGCUUUUUCGGCCAGAAUAGCGUACGUGUCUUGCUCAACCUGUUCGACGAAGCCAAGGACUUCAUGGCAAACCAGUCCAAGGUCGAGGGUAUCCGAGAGAUCAUGUACGGUUUGCAUGUGCUUCACAAGAGAAUACAGGAAGAAUACCGAAAGUCGUUGUCGCCAAUCUCCGUCUUUGCCGACUCGGUCAUCCCAGUUCAAAAGCGCAUGCAAGACAUUCUUCCCCAGAAGUCCGUCUGUGAUAGGCUUCUAGCCUCUUACAUCGACACCUCCGAAACCAUCUACCGAAUGAUUCACUUACCGACCUUUAAGGAGCAGCACGAGCUGUUCUGGGAGGGCAAACUGUCUGGCGACGCAUUUCUCCCGCAGCUUUUGGCUGUUCUCUCUAUCGGCUCAAGAUUCGAGACGAAGUCCAAGGGGCUUGGUCACGAGCGCGUCGAAGGCGUUCAUAUUCCCACGGCCUGCGCGCUAGUAAGGUCGUGGCUGGACGGGUUGAAGGGCAAACAGCUGGUUGACUUGACUACAUUGCAGACAGAGAUUCUGCUCGUUCACGCACAGAGAAUGACCACUCCAAGGCCGCAGGACUCGUGGGCGCAACUGGGAUACAUCGUGCGCAUGGCGAUGACCAUGGGGCUGCAUCGAGAUCCUUCCGAGUUUGAGCCUCGGGUACCAGUGUUCUUUGGCGAACUGAGAAGGAGGCUAUGGUUUACGAUUCUCGACAUGGAUCUGCACCUCUCGCUGGCAUGCAACCUUUCUUGCCUCGUCCGCGAAGGGGACUUUACCUGCAAACCACCGCGAAACCUCGACGACAAAGACCUCUUUUUCGACAUGAAGGAGCUGCCACCAAGCAAGCCCCUCGACCAGCUUACCGAUAACCAAAUGCAGGUGUACGCCGCCAUGACCCUCGGCGUUCGGAUGCAGGUUGCAAACCUGAUUAAUCGCAUCGAUUCGAUCCGCGACUACAGCGAGGUUCUCGAGGUUGGGACGAAGCUCGACCGAUUCUUGGAGGAUAUCAACUACUUGUUCCCGCGGCACGGCAUUCUGAAUGAGAUCGAGAAGAGCAAGCAGUGGAGGUCACGUGUCAUACUCGACAUGCACGUUCGGCGGCCUCUUUUGGCCCUUUACCGUCCGUUCGCUUUGGGCUUGCCGGAUGCUCCGCCCCAGAUCUCAAGGGCGUAUUUACGAUCAUCCAUGGUCAUAAUGCGAUACCUAGACGAGCUCGAUCCACUCCUCACCCACUUCCAAGACAUCAGCGACAUGUACCACAUGGUUCUCAAGAAGGACAUUCUGCAGGCGGCUUUCAGCGUGUGCUUUUAUAUAAAGGCAGCGAUCGAGUCGCAUGCUAAUGGCAACACGCUCGGCAUCUCGUCGACUGUGGCCAUGUCCCCGGAUCCCAUGGACGAUGGCGUGGCGUUCAGCACCGAAACGUUUGCGCUUUGGUCGCCGUCACGAUUGAUCAAGACGGUCGAGAAGACUCUCAACUUGCUUGUCCGCAACGUCGGCGGCAACGACGUGAAGGAUAUUGUCGCCCUUUCAGUUGUGCUGGCAUCAGUGCAGUCGGGCAGCCAGGAACAGAAAUUCCAGGAAAUCCGACGCAGUCUCCAGAACGUCUUGGACGCCUGCAAAGCUGCCACGAACACGAACCCCGAGAAGAUGUCCCUGCCAGUCACGAACCCAGCCGAUCCGAUGGACCCUUACAUGCAGACGAGAACACCAUUCAUGUUCCAUGCGAAUGCGUCGACGGCUGCGGUAAGUGACUAUAGCGGCUGGUCUCUGUGGGAAGGCUGGGACUGGGCUGAUUCGUGGUCGGCAGACUCUGGAUGA